CCAUCAGAGACUGAAUGCACAGAAUGUGAACAACACGCCCCUCUUAGUGAUCCACAGCUGGUAUCUGCAACAGCAACGAUAUUGACUUCCUGUGGUUUAGUUAAAGGUAUAUCAACAUACAGGAAGACCUGCCCCAACUGUAACAUGGUGUAUCGAUAUCAAGACUGGCAAGAUGGCAUCCACAAUUUCAACGAUCAUAUGCUACUGUCAGUACAUUUGUGCCUUGUACUGAGAAACGCACUGCAGACUCACACUGCUGUAAGCCGUAUCAUUGAAAUGAUUGAAUACACAGAAGGGGAAAGCUUUCCUAACAAGGAUCAGAUCCUUCACGCAUAUCUGUCAUUCGAGGGUCUGACUGAUCACGACUAUCUUUACGCAUGUGUUUCAUGUGGUUAUCAUCCAGCUGUAGCAGUCAUGGACCUCCAUAAGAAAGGUGUUUUCAGCAUGCCUGUUAGUGAAAUACCAAACCCACCGCAAAAUUACAAUGGAGAAGUGAAUGCAAAAUCCUUUUGGGAAUCUGUCACCAUGGAAGUGAUUAGUCAUGGACUUUAUCCAC